GGCGGAGCGUGUGCAUGGCGCGCGAGUCCUGUGUCUCGGAGGCUGACUCCUCCACCGCCGCGCUCUUCGCCUGGGGUGCAAAUAGCUACGGGCAGCUUGGCCUUGGCCAUAAGGAAGAUGUGCUUCUGCCCCAGCAGCUGAGUGACUUCUGCGAGCCGAGGUGUAUCAAGAGCGUCACAGGAGGAGGGGGCCACUCUGCAGCUGUCACAGAUGGAGGAGGACUUUUUGUUUGUGGCCUGAAUAAAGAUGGGCAGUUGGGGCUUGGCCACACAGAGGAUGUUCUGUGUUUUACCAUUUGCAAGCCUUUCAUUAGUUGUCCAAUACGACAGGUGGCCUGUGGCUGGGAUUUUACCAUCAUGCUCACAGAAACAGGUCAAGUUCUGUCUUGUGGAUCUAAUGCCUUUGGCCAGUUAGGUGUGCCACAUGGUCCUCGCCGAUGUGUGGUUCCCCAGGCCGUUGAGCUCCUGAGAGAGAAGGUUGUUUGUGUCGCUGCUGGACUGAGGCAUGCAUUAGCCACUACAGUGAACGGCAGUGUGUUCCAGUGGGGGACUGGCUUGGCAUCUUCGGGACGACGCUUGUGUCCUGGGAAGACUCUCCCAUUGUUUUUGACAGCGAAGGAACCGAGCAGAGUGACAGGCCUAGAGAAUUCUACAGCGGUAUGUGUUGUUGCUGGAUCUGAGCACUCGGCCUCAUUAACAGAUACAGGAGAGCUGUAUGUCUGGGGCCGGAACAAACACAGGCAACUGGCCUCCCCGGCUGCGUUCCUCCUUCUGCCUCAGAGAAUAGAGGCACGCUGCUUUCAGGAUGAAAAGGUCUCUGCUGUCUGGAGUGGCUGGACACACCUGGUUGCUCAGACAGAAACUGGCAAGGUGUUUACCUGGGGCCGAGCAGACUAUGGCCAGCUAGGGAGGAGGUUGGAGUCUCCUGAAGAAGACCAGAAACUUGGCGAGCAAGACUCACCAUUCACCUUCUGGAGGCCACAGAGCAGUGUGCCUUCACCCCUGCAUUGCCUGACAGGAGCAGCCAAGAUUGCUUGCGGCUCAGAGCACAAUUUGGCAGUAAUUAGUGACAAGUGUUGCUCCUGGGGCUGGAAUGAGCAUGGCAUGUGUGGGGACGGCACUGAGGCCAACGUCUGGACUCCAGCUCUGGUGCAGGCCUUCCAGUCACCGGUGCGACUCCUCCUCGUGGGCUGUGGGGCUGGCCACUCCUUGGCCUUAUGUCAGCUGCCAGCACACCCUGGGCCAUGCCAGGAUCUCAAGGUCACCUACCCACUCCAAGAUGCCACAGAGAACACUGAAUCUCAGGAUGCCAUGGACAGAGAGAGACUGGAAGCAGAGAUGAUCAGUAACUUCAGCCUGAACCACUUCUGACAGAAUGAGAAAUGAGUGACCAUGAGGAGCACCUUUAAUAAAGUGGCUUAUCCCAACGAAAGGUUCCCCGGAGAAUCUUUCUGUCAGAAAGGGCCUCAGUAAGCCCUGAUGGCUGGGCAGGACCACAGACCAGAACAAUGAGGAGCCUCUUGCCCACUGCUCAAAGAGGACUGAGCUAUGGAGAGGACAUCCUUUCUCCUCAGCAGAUGCACGUGAGGGGAUCCUCACUAAAGGACGUGCAGAUUUAAAACAUCAGCAAGGAAGGCCCCAGCCCCUACAUGAUGGCAGCCCAGCUCCAUGGCUGUGUUCUGGUCCAACUGCCUUAGGUCAGAAGACAGAGGGUUCUAGAAUAUGUCAGAGCAGUAUACAUUUCCCUUCUAACUUGGGGUUUAUUUUCUGUCCAGAGUCCAUUACCUGUCUGAGGGUACCAAGGUACUCUUCCUGGAGACUCAGAAAGGAAAGCAUUCAUGUCUUCAUGACCAGGGCCCAAGCAAAGGCGUAGGGUCAGGUGGGGAGAAUGGAAUGAAAUGAGUAAGCCUUGUGUAGAGAGAACACAAGGCUUCUGGGAAGACCCAGCAGAGGAAACCCCAAGUGCAGACAAGGGAGUCUGGAGCCAGGGAAACCCUCAGAAGAUAUAAGUCUUCCUCCAACCAGGCAGGAUUCUGGGGCUGCUGUAGCAGGCUAACUGUAUAGUCUCUGAGCUGGGAUGCCUGGGCUCCACUGGCUUCCAGAGGUUAUAGAAGCCUAGGACAUUAAAGUUGGGGGAUCUUCCAUCAACAUGUAGCUGAGAGUCCUUCCAACUACAUUCUUCAGAGUCUUGCAUGGUAGCACAUGCCUUCAAUACCAGCACUUGGAUGAAAGAGCUAGGUGGAUCUCUGUGAGUUUACAGCCAGCCUGAGCUACAUAGCAAGUUCCAGGCCAGCCAGGGCUUACAGAGUGAGACCCUAUCUCAAAAAAAAAAAAA